CUCUUUGUUCGCAACUCUAUAAGUAGCUGUUAGCCUGUUACUGUCACCUCAGGGUACACUGUCACUGUCAUGAUUUGUCAGCUGCUUGCUUGCUUGCUCGACUUCGAGAGUUGAAUGGAAUGAAAGAGAAGAUAAAUUAGAUUCACCAGUUUAAUGAUUCGGUGUAAUCUUAUGUAGGUGCUUACUAAAUUUAAACUAUUCAGUGUUUAGAAAUAGGUGAGUCUGAGUGAUUUCCUACAAUGUCGCAGCGAGAUGAUUUUAAGUCAUAAGUAAUGUUGAACGCCUUUAUAUGAUUGACGAAUUCAAAGAUUUGACCAAAUAAUGAUACAUAAAUAAACAAAGGCUUGCAAUAAUUUUGCUAGGCUCGUAUGAAGUAAGAAUUAAAAAUGUCUAGUAAUUCUUUGCUGUUUUCAAUCAAUAAUGAAGGCAAAGUUUACGCCUUGUCAACAAGUGGAUCAUGUUGGAGAGAAUUCAUGUAUCUUGGCUUAGAAUUCAAAACAUUAUCUGCGGUACCACAUUAUCUUUGGGCUGUUGGAGGAGAUCGACAAAUCUACCUCCACGUUCAUGGUCUAGAAAUACCAAUAAGAGUCAAAGAAGAAUCUUACGAGAAUGAAAGGUGGUUACCACUAGAAGGUUUCAGCGGGAGAUUAUUACCCACCGACAGAUAUCAUUUUUCUUCACAAGAUGGUACAAAAGACAGAUCAAUUGAUCGCAUUAGAUUACCAUCUAUGGCCUGGCAAUGGGAAGGUGAUUGGCAACUUGAAUUGACACUUGAUGGUCAACCCUUAGAUCAUGAUGGAUGGACAUAUGCAGUGGACUUCCCAGCUCAAUUUGGUCCCUCAAAACAGUGGAAGUCUUGUGUAAGGAGAAGGAAGUGGAUAAGAUACAGAAAAUUCAGUGCUAUGAAUUCAUGGUGUGCUAUUGCUCCAUUGCACAAAGACCCAACACAAGAGCCUUUUAUUGAUGUAAGCAUUGGUGGCAAUCAAAUCCCAUAUGCAUCUCCUGGAACAUUAUCAGUGUGGGCCAUAACUGCUCAUGGCCGCGUUAUGUACAGAGCUGGUGUCAGUACUACAUCUCCUGAAGGAUUGAAAUGGAUUAACAUAAGUAUUCCUCCUAAUUGUGAUAUUAAACAAAUAUCUGUUGGGCCCACUGGAUUGGUGUGGGCUCUUUUGUGGACAGGAAGAGCUAUUAUUAGGAAAGGCAUAACCAAAGACUGUCCCACAGGGGAAGCAUGGAUGGAAGUUAAAUCUCCUAAUGAUACAAAAUUAGUGUCACUCUCUGUUGGAUUUAAUGCCAUUUGGGCUGUGAGUUCAGAUGCAAGAGUCUGGUUUAGAAAAGGUAUAGAUGGAAAUUCAGCAGGUACCUCUGAAGUAGCUGCAAUGGGAAGUGGUUGGCUAGAAAUAUCAGGACAUAUGAGCUAUAUUUCUGUUGGCAUAAAUGAUCAAGUAUUUGCUAUUGGUGACUCUGACAAAAGUAUAUACUGGCGCAGUGGUAUAACACCUGCAGAACAAACUGGUAAAAGGUGGCGAAUGGUUCAGGCUAAUAUGCAAUUAAGUAGAACAUCCAGCUCAGCAAGUGUGGUGUCUUCGGCUUCAAAUGUCAAGCAUCAUAGUCUAAACAUGCUCAAUGAAUCUACAACUGAGCUUAAGUCUAAUAUUAAUCUUCAUAAUUCUUGGGAAGAAUCACAUUCUGCACCUAUUGAACACACAUUACCUAUCAAACCAAAAGAAGCCCGCCAAAAACGAAAUGAGCAGGUAGACAAUAUUGAUUACACAGGCAAAAGCUAUGAAACCACUCUAAAAAAUCCAAGAGCAUGGAGUCCUGUGAGAAGUGUAGGCUCUGUAGUAGGUAUGGAGGCUCAACCAGACAGUGACAGCAGUGUGUUUGAUGUUGAUUCAGGAAUGUUUUUUGAUGAUGAAAUCAGCCAAACUGCCUGGGGGACUUGCGAAACUACCUGGGCAUUUGUGGAAGCUGGAGCUUGUUCUGUAGAUGUAAUGCAGGUUCCACAUUGGUUUACAGACUCACACAGUGCAUUUAAUUUGGAUCUCACUUCUAAAUGGCGAAUGCAAAUUUUGGAUUAUCUCAAAACCAGGAAUAAUAAUGUAACAGUAGAUCUUUCUAAUUAUGGUGUAGCAGUAGAAGAAAAAGGUUGGACAAGGAGCUGUGAGUCAAGAUUGAUAAAUGCUAAUAAUUCUAGUGAAGAUUGCAUAUUGUCUUUAUAUUGGCAUGAUUUAGAAAACAUAGGAACACUGUCUGUUUUCCAACCAGAUGGUACUAUAAAAUUCAUCCUAAAUCUGGGUGAGGUUACCAGUAUAAUAACAUCAUCAGAACCUGGAAGUCCCAGAAUUACACUAUCUAUUCCACGCCAAAAUAAGAGCCCCAUCAAAGUGCAAUUUAUAUCAGAAAUGGAACAAGAAGAAUGGUUCAAUGUGUUAGUCGAUAUUACUUCUCAAAUUAAUGGAGUUACUGGCAAACCAUCUCAUAACUCAGUAUGGGCAAUUGCUAGUUCUGGUGAUGUACUAAAUUGGGAUCCAAUGCCUGCAAAAUUAAAUAUUUCAAAUAAUGGACAGUAUGUCAAGGAAUUCCAAGUUUUUGGAAAAGAUAUAGUGUCUGGUUACACAACAGCUUUGCACAACAAUUUCCCACCAGGAAGCACAAUUAAAGUUUCGGGUUGUUUACAUGAUGAAAUAAACAGAUUUCAUAUUAAUUUAGAAGGACCAGAAGUAAAGAAACAGAGACAUAAAAUUGAAACUGAAGUCACUGAAAUACCUUUCCACUUCAAUGUAAGGUUCGACGAAAGAACUGUGGUUUGUAAUACAAAAAUCUUUGGUAGUUGGGGAGUGGAAGAGAGACAUGAAUUACCGUUGUCCCCAGGUCAGGAAUUCUGUGUAACAAUAAUUUGCGAUGUAAAUGUAUUUAAGGUCCUCGUAAAUGAUAAACUGUAUUGUUACUAUGAGCACAGGCUUAACCCUAAGACCAUUACAGCAGUUUCUAUAAAGGGUCCCUUAAAACUUUUUUCUUUGGAGUAUUCCACUACAAAUGCUAUAAUAGGAUCUGAAGAAAUGUAUUGGAGAAUCAUUGGAGGAUACUUGCGACGUGUUGAGUCUUGUCAAAAAGGAAUAGUUUGGGGCAUAUCUCAUGACCACCGAGUUUGGGUUUAUACAGGAGGAUGGGGUGGAGGAAUACUUAAAGGUAUAGGUAGCAAAGAAGGAAUUCAUUCAAUGACUGAUACACAAACUUACUGUGUUUAUGAAAAUCAGAGGUGGAAUCCUCUGUCUGGGUAUACGUCCACAGGCUUACCUACCGACCGUUACAUGUGGAGUGACGUAACUGGAAAACAUAAAAGAACUCGAGAACACACGAAACUUCUGAAUCGUCAUUGGCAUUGGGUAUCGGAAUGGAUGAUUGACUAUAACACUCCCGGUGGGGUUGACUCUGAUGGAUGGCAGUACGCAACCGAUUUCCCGGCUCCAUAUCACGGAAAAAAAAUAUUUACUGAUUGCGUCCGACGACGAAGAUGGUAUAGAAAAGCGCAAAUUAUUACCGAAGGCCCAUGGAUACGAGCUGGUAGUACUGCGCUUUUAGAUAUUUCCCUAUGGGCCAAUAGUGAUGACGACAUAGCGGUUUGGGCAAUAACUUUAGCUGGCGAUGCCAUAUAUCGGACUGGAGUUACAGUUUCUUCACCUACGGGUACUCAUUGGGAACAUGUUAAUAACCCACAAUCGCUUAUAGCCAUAAGCACAUGCAAUAAUAUAGUUUGGGUUGUUGGCCGAAAAGGAGAACUUUAUUAUAGAGAAGACAUAUCUAAAGAGCAUCCAUCUGGAACCAACUGGAAAUUGAUUGAGGCCCCAAAAUGUAGUCAUUCCUAUAACCACAAGUCUGGUGCAGGUGCUAAAGCAGUUUCAUUAACCAAAACUUCAGCGUGGGUGUUGCUUUUAAAUGGAACUAUAGCCGUGAGGACCGACCUUUCUAGAAACCAACAGGAUGGCAAAGAGUGGAAAUAUUUAACAGAUUGUGAUAUGACUUACAAACAUGUUUCGGCUGAAGAUAAUGAGGUAUGGGCAAUAACUUCAGAGGGAGUACUUCAGAGAAGACUCGGUAUAUCUGCAGAUAACGUCACCGGUUCAGCUUGGCAACAUAUAUUGUCAGCCAGCCUCGUUCAUGUGUCGGCUAGGGGAGGUUGUUUAAAAUGAAAAUUAUCGUCUCUCAUCUCAAAUAAUCUCGUAUAUUUAAGACCAUCUAUAAUUUUCUUGGAGGCUAUUUCUACGGAAUGCGGUUAUUAAUUAUUAUUAGUUCCUCUUUAUGGGCUUGAGUAAUAGCUAUCAUAGAUAAGUAUUUGAUAUUAUUAUAGAGAUGCUUUCUUUAGACCUACAAAAAAUGCAAGUUCACUGCUACUCAGUAGUAGCAGUAUGAAUAAUACCUGUGCAAAGCAUCUUAAGACUAAAUGUACUUAUUCGCUUUCUGAUUUGCAGGUAUUAGAUUCCUGGUAAAAGUUUAAAUACAUAUUGUAUUAAUUAUAUGAAAGAAAUUUAAAUAGGUAUUGACUGUUUAUAUUUUAAUCAACUCGACGCAUUGGCGAUAAGACUUCCGGAGACUGAGGGCAACGCCUUGUAGGCGUGUCCUCAAACGGCCGAUCUCACUAUCAUCUACUCUUAAUCGUUUGCAGCAAAUGCCCUUUAUUGAGACGAGUACUGUCAUAUCACGAUUCGCCAUCUGAAUGAUAUGCACGCACAAGUCUCAUUCGUAAAUCAGUGCAGUAAGCUAGCCAGCAUAGUAUCUAAUCCCGUGUGAUGUGCAUAUUCGUUUACUAGAAAAUAUCUUAA